CCAAUACAAAAGCAUCAUCUAGAGCUGUUAACAUCGUUCUCGCCGUUCUCGCAUUUCUAACAAUGAUGUGACCACAGUGCGAUUCAAGUCACGCGUUGUUCAAAACCACCAAUCGAAAUAAAAAAUAGUUAGUUUUUAGAAUAACAAAACACACGUUUUAACGGGGUGGCCUCUUAAUAAAUCAAAUCAGUGUUUACGAAUAUGGUGUUUUGUAGCGCCUUUACACGCCCGAGUGCAGGAAAUAAAGAACCACCUGAUCAGGAAGCGAAUAAGGACAAAACGACUAUUAAAAGAAGUAUGUUAUGCAUCCAAGAAGAACUCGGCCAACUCGGACUCAGUACUCAAAUGGGUGACAUGAUGAAUCUCAAGCCAGCACCUGGAGUCGUUGUCGAAGUUCCUGGAGGUAACAAAGCUUUGGAAGGCUGCAUCGAUGCCAGCCCCCAACAGCAGCAAUGGGGCCAUGGAGGACAACAAUCGGGAGCUGCUACUACUACAGCCGCUAACAAACCAGUUGGGUGGAUGGAUGGACUAUUUGGAUGCAUGAAACCUGUAUUUUCACUCAUCGGGAAAGCGGCUCCCAGCGAAAUAAAAUGCAAACCAGAUGACUGGGAGAUACCAUUCGAGACGAUAAGUGACCUAGAAUGGUUAGGUUCGGGCGCUCAAGGCGCCGUAUUUUCUGGAAAAUUAAAUGGCGAAAUUGUUGCUGUCAAAAAAGUUCUCAGGAAAAACGAAACUGAUAUCAGGCAUUUACGGAAGUUGGACCACGAGAAUGUAAUCAAAUUCAAGGGUGUCUGCACACAGGAGCCUUGUUAUUGCAUAGUUAUGGAGUUUUGUCCGUACGGAACCCUUUAUAAUCAUUUGAAUGCUGGAGAAGAAGUACCACCGUCUAGGCUGAUGGCAUGGGCAAAACAGAUCGCCUUAGGCAUGCAAUAUUUGCAUGCGCAUAAAAUCAUACACCGAGAUUUAAAGUCGCCUAAUGUACUCAUAGGUCGGGAAGGAGCAGUUAAAAUAAGUGAUUUUGGUACAUCGCGCGAAUGGUGUGAUCGUAGCACUCAAAUGAGUUUUGCAGGUACGGUUGCUUGGAUGGCACCCGAAAUGAUACGAAAUGAACCUUGCAAUGAAAAAGUGGAUGUUUGGUCAUAUGGUGUAGUUCUGUGGGAACUACUAACACGGGAACCACCUUAUAAAGAUGCUGAUAGCACUCAGAUAAUCUACGGCGUUGGCAAUGAUUCUUUGCGACUUCCUAUACCGUCGGCUUGUCCAGAAGGCUUUAAACUCUUGAUUGCCCAAUGUUGGAGUUCUAAACCACAUAAUAGACCUUCGUUUAAAUUGGUGUUAGGGCAUUUGGAGAUUGCAAGCGUAGAAUUGUUACAACAGCAGUCGGAAGAAGCCUAUAUUAAAGCUCAGAGAACGUGGAGGAGUGAAGUUCGAGACAAAAUGGCAGAAUCAUCAAGGCAAUUAUUACGAGCUGUACCGACACAACAGCAACUGGCAAAUCAGGAGCAACUAAUAGAAAUGCGAAUGCAAGAACUGCGUCAUGCUCGAGACGUAAGAGAGAUGUACCAGAGGAAGCUGCGAAGAACCAAUGAUCUAUACAUGGAAUUGACGGCUGUGCUAUUGCAACUGGAACAGAGGGAGCGCAUGGUAGCCGAGCGCGAGAAACAGACGUCCGGAAAGCAUUCAAAUAAAAGGAUCGUGAAUCCUUUGCGCAAAGCUCAAGACCGCCUAUCCCGACGAAGAUCGGCCGCUACUCAAUCUUCACCUGUGUCUCCUGUGAGCCCAGUUAUAACCACAAGCCCUGACGAACCUACGAGCCCGAUACGUUCAUGUCUCUAUGCAGAACUUGAUGGUUCUAAUCGUCCAAGAUCUAUAGUUGGUGCACCAGCGCUACCGACAACCAGACAACCUCGAGCUAAACCAGGACACGGAUCGAGACAUUCCACGAGGCGGCCGAAGCCACCGGAUCACUUAGAUGCAGUGGUCAAUACGCGUUUAGUAGAUUGCGAGACACAAACAGAAGCCAUGGAUAUUAGUGAAACUGAUGUAACUCCUUCGCCAUCACAAGACAAUAAACUAUUUGUUGACAGAGGUGAUUAUCAUAAUGGCAACAUAGGUAUUCAUUCUUGUCCUUUGCGGUGCACUGAGCAUUCAACUAAUACCAUGCUACAUAAUCAUGAAUAUGAUUCUUACACAAGUCACCGUGCAUCAACUACUCUAGAUCGAGUAAAUAGUAAUGACCCAACUUCUGAAUCCAUAACUGGAGUUCAUGAUUUAGAAGCAUCAACACAUCAUCAACCUACUACUUGCAGCAGUGAUGAUGAUCAUUUAGAAACAUUGGGUAGAAAAGUUAAUGAGUUACUUACUGAGAAAUGUCUGUACAGAGGAAGCGUUAAAAAUGGAAAUGAUCAUGGAACUGAAAGUUGGUCCGAUGAGGGAGAGACUUUUAAAGGGCGUGAUUUUCCGUUACGAAGACGAAGCAUUGCUCGAAGGCCCAUUGGUCCUGGUGUUCGUUCAAGAAGACAUAAACAAAACUCAGCGAUACCACAUUGUUCUCCACAGCAGAAUAGAAAUCAGAAACAAUCUGAUGAAGAAGAGGAAGAGACUUCAGAAUUCCCAUCGAGUCAGGAUUCCACUUUGGAAGGACACGCAAAAGUUAGUAAAAUGAGCAGAGAAAUCCCACUUUCUGAUGGCGAAUCAGGAGGUUCAUGUUCUGGAUCUGAGGAUCUUCCUAAGAUAAUACAUGCUAAUUAAGAUAUCCAUAUUUAUUUAAGGUUACACAAGUGAUUUUAUUUUCCAGACAUUACUUAGUGUGAUUUUAAGUAAUUAUCUGUCGUACUUACAAAGAAAUAUUAUUAGUACAGAUUUCUUUUCCUAUUU